UAUCUUUAGUCACGCAGCAAAAAUCUUUGCAUUGCUUAGCAGCAAAACCACACUUCACGGACAAAUGUACUGCGUGUUUUGUGUAAAGGCAAAUCUAGUCUUUGAGCUUGCAAGGCAAAGGCAAAGGCAAAGGCAAAGGCAAGCAAGCGCAAAGCCUCUCUCUUGCUUCCCACACUCUCGUUCUCUUCCUAAUUCUGCAGCUCCAGGGAGUGUGAAGCCUACGGUCUGGUGCUCCGCCUGGUGAUGUGAUCGCGUUCCUCCCUUGCCUGCCGUGCCGGUUGCUAUAAUUCGAGAAGGAAGCGGGAGAUCGAGCGAGAUCUGCCACUAGAUCCAUGGUAGCCGCUGCAGCUGCCUCCCGGAACCCUACGAACCCACGCAAGAUCGGCUCUCCUUCUCCCGCUCGCGAAGAUCUCCAGAACCCUUAUCGCCUGCCCCUGAUCCCAUCGGAAAAGGACAAUGCCGGUGGCGCGGUGAGACGGCCUCGUACCACGGAGAUCAGUUCCCGUUAUCUCUCCUCUUUUAGUUCUCCCUCUGCCUCUUCGAAUUCUAGUUCGUAUUCUGCCACCACUACCUUCUCUUCUUCGAUCUCUCGGCGUUUUCCGUCGCCCUUCCCGAGCACCCGGCCGUCGACGCCACCGGCAUUGCGCCAAUCCGGCUCCCAGAAGCGAUCCUGCUCCGCAGAUCGGGCUCGACCUUCCACGCCUGCGGGCCGUAGCGUGCCGACAGAGGCAGAACCCUCCGCCGCCGCCGCCAGCACCCUCUGCACGACGACACGAAGUCUUUCCGUCUCGUUUCAGGGUGAAUCUUUCUUCUACCAGACCAGCCGCGCUAAGGCUGUCUCCCCUAGCACCCCCACUCCAGAGCGGCGGCGACCCGCUGCCAUCGGCUCUGCUGCAGCGAGGACUGGUGAGCAUUUGGAGAACACAAGGCCCUUUGAGAACCACCACCGGUGGCCUGCUUCCCGAGCCCAGCCAUCGAAUCCGAUGAUGAGGAGUUUGAGCUGUUCCUCUGAGAAGAAAGAACCGAUCUUGGCCACCGUCAGGUUGCUCCACCAGUCGAUGUUGUUUGAUAGUUCGAGGAGGGCUUCUUUUGAUGGGGGUGAUCUCUCAGCUUCAUCCGAUACCGACAGUGUGUCUUCUGGCAGUAAUUCUGGUACGCCAGAGUUCAGUGUUCUCUCGAGGGCAAAGGUGACUCCUCGUGGGAUUAGUGUACCGGCGAGGUAUAGGCAAGAGACGAACAGCCGGCUGAGUCAGUAUCCAGAACCUUGUUCCCCAUUGCCUUCGCCAGAUUCAAGGCCUGGGGCACCGAGGUGGGGUGGGAUGAAGAAAUUAUCUGAUAGCCCCUUGUCUUCUCCAAGUUCAAUUUCUUCACCACUUCGGGGCCCCACGAGACCUUCUUCACCUAGUAAGCUUGCGGCAUCAAGGGGUAUGUCUAGUCCUCUACGAGCAAGGACUAAUGUAGCAAUGUGUACCUCACCAAUUACUCGUGUGGGCAAUGCACCUUCCAUUAUAAGCUUUGCCACUGAAGUGCGCAGGGCAAAGAAAGGGGAGAAUCGGAUUGAGGAGGCUCACUUGUUGAGGUUGCUUGAUAACCGACAUUUACAGUGGCGAUGUGUAAAUGCCAGGGCCAAUGCAGUCCUGCUACUUCAGAAACUAACUAUAGAGAAAAAUAUAUAUGAUGCAUGGACAACUACUUCAGAGUUACGUGAUUCUAUUACUACUAAAAGGAUCAAACUACAACUUCUGACUCAAAAUUUAAAGCUGGCUUCCAUCCUUAAGGAACAAUUGUCCUAUCUGGAAGAAUGGUCACUCAUCGACAGAGAGCAUUCAAGCUUAUUGUCAGGAGCAAUUGAAGCAUUAAAGGCUAGCACUCUCCGCCUUCCUAUUGUUAGUGGGGCCAAGGCGGACAUCCUGGAACUUAAGGAUGCUGUUGGUUCAGCUGUUGAUAUGAUGCAAGCAAUGGGAUCCUCAAUAUGCUCUCUUUUAUCAAAGGUGGAAGGCACGGUUAUCUUGGUAUCUGAUAUUACGAAAUUGGCUGCACAAGAAAGAGCACUACUUGAUCGAUCAAGAGAUUUCUUGUCCACAGCAGCAGCUUUGCAUGUAAAGCAAUGUAGCCUGCAAGGGCAUCUCGUACAGCUUAAAAGAAAAGCCAAGCAGAUGUAAUAGCACAGCAGGUUCUCAGCAAACUUGUUAUCACUAACAUCACAGAAACUCUUCCUUUUUCUAACCAGGAGUGCCGAUGAAAUAAAAGAAUCUAGUAUUUUGCAUGUCUGAUUCGUGCAUUUUCUUCUCCUCUUCUAUUUCAAUCAUUCUCCUCCCUCGUCCCCCCUUCCCCUGCAUUUGUAACACCAGAUUGAUUGCCUUCUUUGGUCAUGGUCAUGCUCGUUUUCUUGUGAUAAUCAAAGAAAAGUGUGUAUAUAUACAAUGCAAUAUUUGGUUAGAGCUAGCAAUUGUUUACAAAAGGUAUUUGUGCUUUAAUUUUGAUGUCAAGAUGGAUAGCGAUUAUUUUA